AUGGCUAAGCUCGCGCUGGCCGUCCUCCUCCUGCUGCUGGCCGUGGCGGCGUCCGCGUCGGCCGCCGGCGGGAGCCACCUGGACCUGGGCUUCCUCUCCUCGGGGGGCCGGAGCCGGAGGGAGUGCGGCGGCACGGUGGGCGAGUGCCUCGCCGAGGAGUCGGAGUCCCUGGACCUGGGGGCGUCCGCCUCCGCCGAGUCCCACCGCCGCGCGCUCUACGGCGGCGGGUACAUCAGCUACCGCGCUCUACAGCGGGGCAACGUGCCCUGCUCCCGCCGCGGCGCCAGCUACUACAACUGCCGCCCCGGCGCGCAGGCCAACCCCUACCACCGCGGCUGCUCCCGCAUCACCCGCUGCCGCGGCUGA